AAGUGUAACAUUUGCAUUUGUCAACAUCUGUAGAAUUAUUGUGCAAUCAUGUUCUUACUUCGGAACUUUUCAUUAACACAACUUGCUUCAAAAAGACCAAAUCAAAAUAUUUUACCACCUUUACGUGGCUUGAGUACUUCCGGGAUUCAUAAUGAGACAGAAGCCAACAUAAUCGAAGGUGAAGCACGUCAAAGACAGGAAAGAGAGAUCGAAAAGUACAGGUUCACCAGAAGGGCCAAUGAACCAUUCUACAAAGUUCCAGGAAGAGAACCGAAACAAGUCAGUGCUGAUGAAGCUGUAACUGUGGUUAAAAGUGGAGACAAUGUAUUUGUUCAAGGCGUUGCUGCUACACCGACACCUCUUUUGGAGGCGCUUUGUAGAUGGGGGAAAAAAGCAAACUUGAAAAAGGUCCGUUUGCAUCACAUUCAUACCGAAGGCCCUUUGCCUCAUUUAAAGCCGGAAUAUGAAGGCAUCUUUCGUGACAACUCGUUAUUCAUGGGUGCCAAUGUACGAGAAGCUGUCAAUGCUGGAAAGGCAGAUUAUACACCGGUAUUCUUAAGCGAGAUUCCUAGUUUAUUCAGAUUAGGUGCUAUUCCUUUGGAUGUGGCCUUUGUGCAGACAACUCCACCUGAUAAUCAUGGCUAUGUUUCUCUUGGAACUAGUGUUGAUUGUACUAGAGCUGCCUUGGAAAUGGCCAAACACAAAGUUGCUAUUGUGAAUCCCAGAAUGCCGUAUACUUUUGGAGACUCUUUUGUUCAUGUUUCACAGUUGGAUUAUAUAGUUCAAGAUGAAUGGGAAUUACCCGAGCUUUAUGCUAAACCACCCAAUUCUGUUCAAGACCGUAUUGGUCAAUUGAUAGCCGCCAAUCUUGUAGAAGAUGGUGCUUGUUUGCAGAUGGGAAUAGGCGCAAUACCCAAUGCAGUUCUUUCCAAGCUAAAAAAUCACAAAGAUCUCGGUGUUCAUACCGAAAUGUUUAGUGAUGGCCUCAUAGACUUGGUAGAAUGUGGUGCAGUUACCAAUUCUAAGAAAGUUAUUAAUCCUGGCCGUAUUGUUUCAGGAUUUUUACUUGGUACCAGGAAAUUGUACGACUUUGUGGAUCGCAAUCCACUUAUAACUAUGCAAGAUAUUGCUUUUACCAACAAUCCAGUUGUUAUCGCCAAAAAUUCUCGGGUAACUGCUAUUAAUUCUGCAAUCGAAGUUGACCUAACUGGACAAGUUAUCAGUGAUAGCAUUGGUACGAAACUUUAUAGCGGUGUUGGUGGACAAGUCGAUUUCAUUCGUGGAGCAUCACUUUCAGAAGGUGGAAAACCGAUCAUUGCUCUUCCUAGUACGACUUCUUCGGGUAAUUCUCGGAUUGUCAAUUUUGCACAUCCUGGGGGAGGUGUCGUCACUACUAGAGCACAUGUAUAUUAUGUUGUAACGGAAUGGGGAAUUUGUGAGUUGCAUGGCAAGAACUUGAGAGAAAGAGCACUUUCGUUGAUCAGUAUAGCACAUCCUGAUCAUCGAGAAGCCUUGGAAAAGGCAGCAUUUGAACGAGGCUUAUUAAGUCAGUAAUAAAUCCAAGCCAUCGUAUUUUUGUUAUGAGUUUCUUCAUCCAGUUCGAUCAUUUAGUUCUGAUCU